AUGCUGUCCUCGAUCAUCGCUCUCCCAGUCUUCGCCAUCUUGGCUUCGACGGCUCCAAGCAAGAGUUCUCAGCCAAAGGGACAAUACAUUGAUGCCAACGUAUGUUGCCAACCCCCGCCCCUCAGAACAAGCAGGGGCGAUGACUGACAAUCUUGUCUCACAGUACGACGACAUCACCGUCGUCCCCGCCGUCCCAGCCGCCAACACCCUCACAACAUACAGGGGUCUGAACUACACCGGCUGGGCGGUCAACCAAGUCGGAGUCGGCGGCCAAGCCGAACUCACAGGCAUCGCCCCGGAGUCCAAACCCAACAACAUCGUCUCCGGCUUCGGACAGACCUCUCUCACAGGCGCCAACGCCGGCUGGAGCGUCGCUUCCUCCGCCUCGACCUUCGACCAGCUCGCUUUCUACUACGGCUGCUCCGUCAACACCGUCGAAGGCGCCGAAGGACUCCCGCAGCAAUGCAUUUUCGACGUCAAGGGCUACAGAAAGGCGUCUGAUGCGAGCUAUGUCGCCAUCAAGCAGUUCAGUUUCAAUCCCAAGGCAACGCAGCUCGUCGCGCAACCUGUCCUGGCGACUUUCGAUUCGUCUUUUGCGAACUUGCAGCGCGUGGAGAUUGUGCAGUUGGAGAGUACUAGCGGAGAGGAAGGGAAUGUGCUUGUGUUUGAUGACAAUAUCUACGAGCUUUAUGCGACCCAGAAGUGGUAG